AUGCCUCACGCUGCGCCUUCCCGCUUCCCUCCCACCGCCACCUCCGACCUCGAAGCCGGCGCCGUCCUCAAACUCGGCGAAUUCCAGAACGAAGUCACGCUCAACCUCUCCGAAGCCAGAAUCAUCCUGCAAAAGACCCUCGCCACCCGAGCCGCCCGCGGCGGACGCUACGAGGAGACCGAAACCACGGCCAAGACGCGCGACUACCUUGAGAUCUUCGCCGUCUUCAAAGAACUCGCUGAGGCGCAACAGGUCGAAGGAAUUAUCAAUUCAUACGGCGAGAACUUGGAACGCUUCGAGAAGAGCCAGCUGGGGAGUCUGGUGCCCACGUGCUCGGACGAGGCCAAGGCUCUGGUCCCGAGUCUGGAGAAGAAGGUGGAGGAUGGCGUUGUCUCGGAAGCAGAGUUGGAGGGCAUCUGUAGGGAAUUGCAGAGGUUGAAGAGACAGGCGCAGUUGUGA